AUGGCAGAAACAGAGGCAAAAGACCGCAUACCUACUGGCCCCCAAUUUUCAGAAGCUGUAGCUUCUUUCCUAUACGACUCGCUCAACGAUGCGACGAAAAGUCUUGUCGUUCGACUUAAGAAUCCAGAAAGUAGACCUAGUCAAGAUGAAGAUCACACACCACCUGGAUCGGAGACUGGGUCUGAUAGUCCGCUAUCUUUGUUCAAUGUCCCGCAUUCGAGGAAUAAGAAAUUCUGCGGAAGAGUGGAGGCUUUGAAGGAGUUGUUUGCGAUGUGGAAACCGAAAGCUCAGAAUAGGAUUGCUAUAGUGGGGUUGGGUGGUAUUGGCAAAACAGAAUUGAUGAUCGAAUUUGUCUAUCGACUGCGAGACGUCUCUCCAAAAACACAAAUCUCCUGGUUUAAGUCAGAAGAUCUUCUCACCACACCGGAAUCAAAUUCAUCCUCGACGACUGGAAUGCAGCUGGAUCGGUGGCUCAAACUAGAACACAAUGUCGACAGCUUGGUUGUUGUUGAUACUGCGGAUGAUUUUGGAAAACUUCUUCAGAAGUCCGAGGGUGAUGGGAACCUGCUCGAGGAGUUAAAAGCUUUCAGCGGCAGCGUAAUUGUGAUGGCGAGAAAUACUCAAACUGGACGACAAUUGGCCGGUCCUAAUGGUCUUUGCGAAGUUGGAGAACUAGAUGAAGAAGCAUCAACAAAGCUUCUUCGUGGUAGUCUUGGACCAUUAGCACAUAGUACCUCAUCAGAACUUGAAGAGGUUGCCCAGCUGAUGGUCUACUUGCCUCUAGCUAUUCUUCAGGUUGGAAAGUUGAUCACAAGCGCCGGCAUGACAGUUGCCCAAUUCUUGUAUCUAUACAAAAGCAGCCCCUCCAUGAAGCUCCGUUUGUUUGGUAAGGUGGAUCGGUUUUCAAAUCCGGAUCCUCGCUUUUCGGUCACUGGACAAGGGGUCGUGGAUGUAAGAGCUUUCCGAAGCGAAUUUCCGGACGCGACAAGGAUUUUAUUUCAGCUCUAUUACCUAGGUGGUGAUCUGGUGCCUCUUGCUUUGUUCUCAGCUACUGAUCCUCUGGACAUGCUCAUCAUUAUGUUUAUCCUCAAAGGCCAUUUCUUCGUCGCAGAAGUCGGGUCGAGCGGGACAUAUACGCUUCAUCCUCUCGUCUGCCUAGCAAUGCAGAAUCUGUUCAAGAGCGUACGGCCAGAAACCGACAAAGAAGAUGUCGUGCAAGAGCGAAAGUGGUUCGAGGAAAUAAUGAUAACAUUCUCAGAAUGGUAUCCUGAUGCGGAAAGCGAAGACCGGGCUUGGUGGAGGACUUGCUUCGCCCAUAUCCUGAACGAUUGCGAUCUUCAAGUCAACUCUUUGCGUCUAGCUAUUGCUAAAAUCCACCGAAAAGAAGCUGCUUAUUUCAAGCGAAGGGGUGGGUAUCUUGAUGCUUUGAGAAUGACCAGUUUGGCUAAGGAUGUUCUUUCUGUUUCCUCCACGGCCGAACAUCUAGGUGUUUUACAGGAUCAGAUUGAGUUGCUGGAUAUUCUCGGGAGGUAUAGAGAGAUCAAAAGUGCCUUGGAAAUAUAUCCGGUUGACGAAGAAGAACAAACUGUGCUGUGGAGGAAGAGAAUUCAAGCGAGACUGGAUCAAGCACAGGGUGUGGAUCGCUAUGAUUCUGCUAUUACGACUUUCAAACUUAUCAGUGAUGCUCGGGACGGACCUAACAACUCAAAAACUGAUUUACUACAAUCUAUCGACGAUUACGGCUGGGCUCUUAUGCUCAAAGGGUGUUGUCAGGAGGCUUCAAUUAAAUGUCGAUCCGCGCUUGCCGGACGCACGUCAAGUUUCGGAAUAUCGCACACUGAUACCCUUUCGAGUCUGCGACACUUAUCUUGUAAUCUUCGACUGCAAGGCAAGUACGAAGAAGCACUCCAAUACGCACAUCAAGCAAUCCGCGGAAGUGAAAUACUUCUUGGAACGAAUCACCCGACAACCCUCCUCGCACAAAUCACCAAAUGCAAGAUCCUCCUCGCCACAGCUGUCACGACCGAAGAUCUCGAUAAUUUAGAAGCACUUCUGGUAAAUAGUGCCAACCAUCUCACACCCAUUAUCUCGGACAACCACCCUGUUAUCCUGACGUGCAGGUCUGAUCGCGCCCUGAUCAAACAACGCCUUGGCAAAUAUGCUGCUGCGGAGCAAAUGAAUCGAGCAACUCUGUUAUCACGAGAAUCAGGACCUUGGGAACACUCGCAACGCAAUCCAGAUACACUGACGAGCAAACAUCAACUCACGGAAUUGCUAUUCCUAAAAGAAGGAGCCAAAGCCGCUGAUUUACUGAGCGAGGAAGUCUGCCAAUUACGAACCGAAGUCCUGACGAGCGGCACGUUAAAAGAAGAGGAUUUUCAUCCUGAUCAACUCUCGAGUUUACAUCUUCGUGCAAUGAUUCUCUCGGAACUAGGUCAACACAACGAAGCGCUUGAGGAAAUAAGCUUGGUUCUUGAAGCUCGCUUGAGUCUCUUGGGGGCCAAUCAUUCCGAUGUAUAUUCCACACAAACCUCCAAAGCGGAGAUUCUACGCCUACAACUCCCUUCCGAGACUCCCAAACGCACUAUGAUGCUCAACGAGAUUGAUUCCCUGAAUCGCACUGCUCUAGAUGGUCUCACCCAAAUCUUUGGCUCACAGCAUCAAUCCACUUUGAGAGCUCUCACUCAUCUUGCGCUCGGAAGAUCUGAAAGAGGCAAAGAUGGCCACGAGGAAGCGGCGAGUUUGUUGGGCGUGGCGUAUAUUGCGUAUCGGAAUAGUGUCGGCGACGAACAUCCUGAGACAUCUUGGGCCAAGGGAAGAUUGGCUGACGCGCUUGGGAGGGUCGGGAAGUGGGAUGAGGGGAGAAGGUUGUGGAGAGAGUGUGUUGGGGGAUGGGCCAGAGCGGAGGGCGUGGGAAGUUAUUUAUAUGGAAGGGCUUGUGGUGGGUUAGAGCGUUUUCUGGCGAGGGAAAGGGAUGUGAUGGGGAGGGAGAUGGUGGUGAUAGGGAAGGAGAGGGUGAGGGAGGUGGUGCGAAGUGGGAAGGUGGAGUGA